CAACACUCACUUGCCUUUCUCAACCUUCCUCAUCACCAUCAUGUUAGCAGACAAUCCCCAGCCACAGCCACCCUUCCCGCCGAUACAACCCCCCGUGGAGGUCGUCUCGGAGAUCAUGUCCCACGUAGAUCGCGACGACUUCAUCUCGUGUCUGCGCGUCAACUCGACCUUCUUCCACGCCGUCAUUCCCCGCCUGUACUCCCACAUCCACCUCAACGGCUGCUUCCCUGUCAUCCUUAGCCCCAGGAUCAGCUACCCAAAGGAAGACAAGAGUGACCCCAAGGGUGGCAAGGAAGACAAGGAGGGCGAGGAUGUUGCCUCUGCGGAGGAACCCAUUUGCGCCAUCACCUUCGAGAACCCCUGCGUCACCAGCAAGACUGGAGACAUUGGCCGUCCAGUCAUGCGCUACGAAUAUCUCAAGAAGUACACCAAGUUCCUCAACAUUGACCAUCAUCCAAUAGAGAGGUGCGCGAGCGACAAACUGCUCGGCGAACUUCGUGAGAAGGGUAUCUUCGCGCUUCGGAUGCCUCACAUUCGUGGUCUCGAGACACUGCGUAUCACACUCUAUUCUUCCUACUGGUGGGGCGGUAAUGGAAAGAUCCGCCUCCAUGACGACGUCCAUGGCCACAACAUAACGAGCAACUGUUUGUUCAUUCACGAACUUCGCCCCAAGACCCUCGUUAUUCGCGGCGCCACACUUCAGCACUGGCCUCUGUUCCCGGUGUUCGACGGUCCUCUCAGUGCGGCCAAGAGGAUCAUCCUCAUGUUUGUUACCAGCGAGAUGGGGAAGGAUUGGGAACUCUUCGGCUGCCUCAAGCUCCCUCCCACUCUCGAGAAUCUCACAAUCGUGUAUUGCACUGGAGAGGCGGAAAGACUGCUCGGAUGUCUCACUCUCCGCGCCAACGGUCAUCCCCUGCCCUCCCAUCACAUCGUCAUCCCGAAGCUCGCAAAGGACGCCGCCAAGCAUAUGGUCGCCAAUCCCAACCUCCCCUUUUCGAUAACUCAAGUCGUCUUCAACACCACCGAUGCCGACAAGGACGGGAUGCGCGCGGCCAUUUCGCGCAACCCCGAAGCAGCUGCGCCCAGCAGUGCCAGCGACUCGCCCGACUCGGCAGCCCCUCGUACUUCUGAGGAAGCCUUCCAGUCACUUCUCGCAGAAAUCUCUCCGCUCGACCUCGCACUUGUGGGCAGCACCGCUACCCACGUUCGAGACCGCCCGAACCCCCUUCGGGCUCUUACGGGUGAAGAGUUCCUUGCUCGUGACGACUGGCAGCUGGCAUUCCGGUACCAUGAGCUCUUCCCAAAACCCACCGACAUCGACCUUCCCGACUGGUUCCCCAAGUGGACCGAUGAAGAGCUAGCCGAGAUGCGUGCUCGUUCCCAGGCCGAGUCGAUCGAGCGCGGGAAGAAGACCAGGGCGGAGAAUCUUGCCAAGAAGAAGGCUGCUGAGGCCGAAGCUGUUCAGAAGGCCAGUAGCAGCAGCAUCAACAGCAAGAGCUCGAACCCAACCACCACUAGUAACAAGAACUCAAAGCCUACUACCUCUAGCAGCAAGAUCUCAAAGCCCACUGCGUCCAGCAACAAGAGCUCAAAGGCAACUAUGUCUAGCAGCAAGAGCUCAAAGUCGACUGCCUCUAAGAGCAAGACGAACUCUCGCCCCUCGACCAAGUAA